UUCCGGAUCAAAAUCUCGCGAGAAAUUACGCGAUUAAAGAUGUCAGCCGCCUAUGGGGUGCAUUUUGGCUGCUCGUCAGCCUGUUUGGCUGUAAACAAGGAUGAUAAGACAGAUGUAAUAGCUAAUGACCUUGGCGACAGAACUACACCAUGUAUUGUUGCCUUCACAGAUCAUGACCAGGCUGUGGGUGUUGCAGCAAAGCAGGGUAUGAUACGCAAUGCACAAAACACAGUUUGUCAUGUUAAACAAAUCUUAGGGAGAAAAUACGAUGAUCCGGUAGUGACUGAAUACAAGAGAAAGUCAUCAGCACAGGUGUUUGACCAAAAUGGGGAACCAAGAUAUGAAGUGGACUUCAAAGAAUCAAGGAAAAUAUUCACUCCCUCUCAAAUUGCUGUAUCUAUCUACAAGAAAAUGCUAGAGACUGCUCAAAGUCAUGGAGGAAGUGGUUCUCAGGACUCGGUGCUCGCUGUGCCUACACACUUCAAUAUGGACCAGAAAAAGGCUAUUGGCUCGGCAGCUAAUCAAGCUGGUUUCAACAUUCUACGCAUGGUAUCUGAACCAUCAGCAGCUUUGUUAGCAUAUGAUAUUGGACAGACUGAUGUCACUUAUAGUGGAUCAGUACUAGUGUUUAGGCUAGGUGGUGUAUCAGCUGAGGUGUCGGUGGUCAAUGUUCACAAUGGAAUGUACCAGGUAUCUACGUCAGUUACAGACUCCACACUCGGGGGUGACCUCUUUACAGAUGAACUGAUGAAAUACCUAGUUGUAGAAUAUAAAAGAAAAAGUCGAAAUGAUAUAUCGGAUAACAAGCGAGCCAUGGCCAAACUACGUAGACAAGCGGAGAUCUGUAAACACACAAUGUCAAAGAUGGACAAUGUUCAUUGUGCUGUAGACUCCCUGUAUGAUGGAAUGGAUUUUGAUACAAAAGUGUCCAGGGCAAGGUUUGAAAGUUGUGUAAGUGAACUGGUACAAAGGUGUUCACAGUUAAUUGACCAAGUGCUGUCUGCAGGACAUCUUACACGCAAGUCUGUCGAUAAGGUGAUAUUAUGUGGAGGUGGAGCCAAUGUCCCAGUAUUACAGAAAGCAAUAAGUGACAUGUUUUCCCAUUGUGAUAUACUCAACACUAUAAAUCCAGAAGAAGUUAUAGCUAUUGGGGCAGCUAAACAGGCAGGGACUCUAUCGGCAUUGGAAGAUGAAGAUAUUAAGCUCAACACGGAUGACAGUACUAUAGAUUGUAUAUCUAAACCUAUAUGCAUAAAAACACAAACAGAAAGUGGAUCUCAGAUUACCCCGGUCUUUCCGGGAUUAGCUCCCUUACAUUCACGGAAACACCUAGACUUCAGUUUGAACCCUGAUCAAACAGCAUUCAGGUUGGAGAUUUGUGAAAUAACAUCAGAAGAGGAGUUGAAAACAUUAGCUAUAAUUGUAAUGAGAGAAUUGCCAGCAGGGUCAAAGGUCAAUUCUACUUUUCAUCUGAGAAGGGAUGGCCAUCUACAUAUAACAUGUACAGAAUCCAGCUCGAACAAAACAGAAUCUGUGACAAUAGAGCCAAGCUGAUCUACACUGUAGUCUAGCAUUAUAAUACAUUUAUUUCUACCACCUACCAAAUACUGUUUGUUAAUGCCCUCUUCGUAUUAACUUCUACAAUUAAACUGUAAUCAAGUAAAAACAUUGUUUAAUUUUACUUUAGGAAUACAGUGCCUUUUCUGCAGUGCACAUCAUAAAAAUAACACCUGCUGUUUGCAAAAUGACUCCUUAUUGUAAAAAAAAUUCUUAAUGUAUUGCUGCUUUAUAUUUUGUAUGGAGCAAUAUUUCAAGAGAGACAGAAAAGUUGUAGUUUGCCUGUUUAAUGUUUGCCAUAAUGAAGUAUUUUGUUUUUGUCUCCAUAAAUGCAAAUAAGUUUGUAUAGUUUUGAAUAAAAAUGAUUUGAAAUAUUAA